AUGAGCGAUUCGGUAGCAGACUCCGAUCAAAUGCUCAAGAAGAGGAGCAACCAACCCUUGAUAGGUCAAACAUCGGAAUCAUUGCCUUCGCAGCUGUCGUCAUCGUCCUCGCCGUCGGAUUUUGGUUCUGGCACUGGAGACGCAAAUACAGACGUCCAUCAAACGUCCAAUGUGACCUCGACGAGCAGCGUUCCGAGGCGGCCUCAAAUCAGCGAGCUUAUGGCACACGUUUCGACAACUCAAACACGCAACGAGCAGCAUCCGGCUCAAAGCAUGGGAAGUCCACCGCGGAAGAGGAGGUGUGUUAGCGCGAGUCCGAUUGUACUUGCGCGUACUCGAUGGACCUCACCCGAUCGCUUCAUUCCUUCACGACCGAACCAUGACAAGGCCACUCCUUUCCUGACCAGCAAACCCCCUUCUAGUCUCCAUCGAAGAGAACUAUAUGGUAGAGCGAGAGACCCAGCUGCAGACCCGUUCCGUUCGCAGACUGAGAGCAGGUCGCAGGAGACUGCAAAUCGUCGAACUCCCAGCACCGCUUACGGCCUGCAUCCCCCUCGUUAUAUGCCCUCCUUCGUUCAUGGCGUUGAUGCUGGUCCGGUCAAUAUCGAUCCCCGUCGUGGACCGGAUGCUCUCCGGCACACAAGCUGGGGAGGGUUCUGGACCGUGGGCGGUGCAAGUGCUGCACAGUUUGGCCAACUGCGCGGUGUACCAACCGGUUCUGGACAGAGAAUUGCGAGCGGUACCAAUGCGCCAAUGCAUACACCUGCUUUUCUAGACGCACCUACCCACGCUGAUCUGCGAUCAGCCCAUGAGAAUCGACUAGCCCUCGCCUUGGAAAUCGACCAGGCUGCAAGAAUACUAAGUCCGUCACGUGGAACAUCCCACACAUCGGGCACUCCAGCAGCUCAUGAUCAGGCAGUGAGGUGGCGCGACUGCGCCUGGGGCCGACAUCACGCCCACAAAGCACCGCUUCCGAAAAGUAUGGAAACCCGCAGGACUGAGAAGGUCAUCCCAACAGUCCCAUUUCGUGUGCUCGAUGCCCCACACCUCAAAGACGACUACUACUGCUCGAUUCUUGCAUAUUGUUACACCUCGCACACAUUGGCUGUAGCAUUGACGCACAAAGUCUACCUUUGGACCGAAGAGUAUGGGGUACGCUGUCCACCGCUUCCACCAUCUCGUUUGUCCAAUUUCGUGACAUCUUUGGCCUUCUCCUCUGACGAAGGCUCCAAGUCCAUCCUUGCUGUGGCUCGUCAUAGCGGUGAUGUGAUCCUCUGGAGUCUGCUGGAAACACGCCCUCGCUUUGAGGCUCCGCAUCCGUGUCCUGCGUCUUGCGUGGCCUUCAGACCAGCAGUCACCCUGCGCCAGUCUAGCAAGUCCGCAAACAUCGUGCCGUGUGAAGACCUGAUCAUCGGAGACGACUCUGGUCGCAUCUACUACUACUCAAUUGAGUGGCCGGAAUUCGAGCCGGGAUCCAUGACAUUACUGCUCAAGCUCGAUGCUCACGCUCAAAAUAUUUGUGGAUUGGCAUGGGCUCCAGAUGGUGAGGCAUUUGCCAGCGGUGGCAACGACAAUGUUGCUCUCUUGUUCACAACCGAAAGCAUUCUCAUGCGAGCGGCACAGCAGGAGGGAAUGGAAGAACAAACAUCUACUAUCGAGCCUCGUGGCAGUAGGAUCUCGAUAAGUGCCGUGGAAACUGGACCGAUGACACCCCCGACCUCGCCUGAGCGCAGCUACAUUCAAGGGACUCACCCGAACCUCAGUAUAUUCGAGCAGCCUAUCGAUACAACUUAUGAACGCGGCAUGCCUCCAAGCCGUCCUCAGUCUGCAGAAGGAAUGGCGCAAAUACCCCAAGCUCGUGGUAAGCAGCAGGAGCGCAUGGAUGCACUUCCUGCACUGCAAAACAGCCUCGUGAACCCAGCCAUACCGGGCUUUCCGAAUAUGCAAACUUUCACAUUAUAUCACGCCGCUGCAGUCAAAGCCAUGGCAUUCGCCCCUUGGCAGGCCAGUUUACUAGCCACAGGUGGAGGAAGUAAUGACCGACAGAUCCACUUUCACCAUACAGGUUCGGGCGCUGCUCUCGCAGUCAUCAACGUUUUUGCCCAAGUCACAAGCCUGGUGUAG